CUCUCUCUCUCCUGUUUUUGUUCUGCAACCUUUUCCCUUCCACCAACAUAAUAAAUCAACAAUAAUCUUUAAAAUUAAAUAAAUAAAAAAUAUAAAUAUAUAUUUUUCACAAUAAAAUUUUCACUUACGACUCUCGAGUCUCGACACUUCUUUCCUCUUCCCUCCCUUCUCCACCCUUCUCUCUCUAAAAACCCUAGUUUUCUCUCUCUACACCUCCUCUCUCUUUCUCCCCCUCUUUUCCUGUAUCUCGUGUUCUUUCGUCGUUUGCUGUUUUGGAUCGCGUGUUUCAGGUGGGGUUUCUUGAGCUUCAAUGGUGUGAAAUUGGGCGUCGGCCUUAUCGGUUUCUCCUAGAUCCCGAGAGAGCGAAGCAAUGGUGUCGUCUUCAGAUAGAGAGCUCGAGGAGCAGCUUCUUGACGCUGGGAAUCGCCUUCUUCAGCCCCUGUCGUCUGUCUAUGAACUCCUUCCUAUUCUCGACCAAGUUGAGAAUUGUCUUACAAGGGUGGAACAGUCGCCGCCCAAAUCGAUGCAGAAUGCACUGUCUCCAUCCCUGAAGGCAUUGAUUUCUGAUGAACUUUUGAGGCAUUCGGAUGUUGAUGUGAAGGUUGCAGUUGCUGCAUGCAUUAGUGAAAUAACGAGAAUUACAGCACCAGAUGCCCCUUAUGAUGAUGAUCAAAUGAAGGAGGUUUUCCAGCUGAUUGUAUCAUCAUUCGAAAAUUUAUCUGACAAGUCCAGCAGAUCAUAUAAUAAGAGGACCUCAAUUCUUGAAACUGUUGCAAAAGUUAGAUCAUGUGUGGUGAUGUUGGAUCUUGAAUGUGAUGCCCUGAUUGUUGAGAUGUUCCAGCAGUUCUUUAAAUCUAUAAGGGACCAUCAUCCUGAAGCUGUUUUUACAUCCAUGGAGACAAUUAUGACCCUUGUCUUGGAAGAAAGCGAGGAUAUUUCGGUGGAGUUACUUAUCCCCAUAUUAGCUAGUGUAAAAAAUGACAAUGAGGAAAUUCUCCCUAUCGCCCGGAAGCUGGGGAAGAAAGUACUUAAAAAUUGUGCUGAUAAGCUUAAGCCUUACUUGAUACAAGCAGUAAAAUCCUUAGGGAUAUUUUUAGAGGAUUAUAGUAAAGUAGUUGCUUCUAUAUGCCUAGAGAAAUCUGGUGCUGUUGAGGAGGGUGAUGUCAAUGUUUCUGGUGAAAAUCAGGCUGAUGAAGGUAGGAUGGUGAGGGCUUCUUCAGAUGAGGCAGCUCAGGUAGCUGAUAAGAUUUCAAAAGAAGCUGUCUGUCCCAAAGAAGUUGAUCCUGCUGUGGACAGAUCUCAGAAAUUUGUUAUGAGCAAUGGUGUCUCAGAGGCCCCACGUGAUGAUUCUUUGUUGGAUUCUAACUCUUCAAAAAAGCUUAAUAAUCAGUCCCAAAGUAUUAAUGCACGAAGCAAGAGUGAAUCAGGUGAUAGGCUAGUGGAUUAUGAAACGAAGACAGAACAGUCUUCAAAGAGAAGGGGUAAAAAGCAAAAUUCUGUAAUGAAUUCAGCAGAACCCUCUGAUUUUUCUCAUAUUGAUGGUGAUAAAGAAGCCGAGAAACUGCCCAACCGUCAAAAAAGUCGUAGCAUGCAAGUGCAUAAUUCACCUCGUGAGGGUUCAUCUGCUGAGGCAGCUGCACAACUAGAAAAUGAGAAAGAUGCAGGUGUUUGGGUUUCCUCACCAAAGGCUUCGGAGAGAGAGGCUGUGAAUGUGGCUUCCUCAACCCCAAACAAGGGCCUUCCUGAUGAGAGUCGUUCUAGAAAGGGUGGGCGGCCAAAAAAGAAAGAAGGCUCGACUCAAGAAGCUAAACCAACAGCUGAUAUUGCUAAGAAGGCAUCUGAAGGAGUAAGUGAUUCUGAAGUGAAACCUCAUAGGCGUGCAGGGAAGAAAGUGCCUACUGAGAUUGCUGAUGAGGACAGAACUCCUGUUUCAGUUGAUACUAUAAAGAAAAGAAGUAAGACUGCUGGUGAGUCAGAGGGAAAACAACCAAAGUCAUCUUGGAAAAAGGUGGAAUUAAGUAAUAACAAUGAGGAUGGGCCUUCUAUAAAGCAGCAAGAAGAUGGGAAACGGCGGGUACGAGGAAAAGCUAUUUUGGAGAAAGAUGGAAGAAAAUCUUUGGCUGGAGAUGAAGACAAGUCGGCCACAAAAUCUACUAAAGGUGAAUUUAAAAUGGAGGAAAUUUCUAAGGUGAACUCCAAGCGAAAGCGCACCCCUGGCAAGGAAAAAACACCUGAUGUGAGAGGGUUUGGCGAGAACCUGGUUGGCUUGAUGGUUAAAGUUUGGUGGCCAAAAGAUGAGAUGUUUUACGAGGGCCGUAUUGAAUCUUUUGAUCCUGCUAAAAAGAAACAUAGGGUUGUAUACACUGAUGGUGAUGAAGAGAAAUUAUUUCUUAGAAAGGAGAAGUGGGAGAUUAUUGAAGGCGAGUCUGUGCCAGAUGAGGAGCAGGCAGCUGAUCAUCCAAGCCCUGAUGCUUCACCUGAAAUGCAGCGAAAGAAGGCAAAAACAAAUUCUGAUGUGCCAACGAAGCCAGGCCAGAUAGAUGCUUCGUCAAAAAAGGUUGGAGGCACUUCCUCGGGCAAACCUAAAGUUGCUUCUGCAAAAACUGGUCGAAAAUUGAAGGAUGAUGGCAAAAAUGAUGGGAAAUCCCAAGACAGUGCAUCGAAAAAGACUGAAAAAUCUGAGGAUGUCAAUGGUGGUAAAUCCAAAGGUCAUACUGCAAAAAGUGGUAGUAAAGCAUCGGAUGAUGCUGCUAGAGCGGCCAGCAAAUCAAGGGAUGAUGACCCUGACACACCCAAGACCAGCAACAAAUCUAAGCAAGUCACCCCCAAAACAGUGAUGAAAUCCAAGGGUAAAACUCUUAAAAGUGGCAACAAGUCUAAUGCUAAUGGUACUGGCAAGAUGAAAUCAGGCUCUUCAAAGGUGAAAGAAGACGAGGAUACAAAGGAGAAAUCCCCUGAUUCCGGGAAGGCAUUGAGUGGUACAAAAGGGAAGUCACCAGAUUCAUCCAAGGCACAAGAUGGUGAGUCCAAGUCUGGAAAGAAGAGGCGAAGGAAUUGAAAAAUAUUGACGAACUCUGUAUGUGCUCCUUUUCUUUUGAAGUGGAGCUGAUUUUGUCCGGGCCAUCGAUGCAACACUUCCAUUAUUCAUCCAUAGUACAGAUCAAACUCAAUCUUGGCGCUGCAGGGUUCAUGGUAAGCUAUGUUUAUGGUACUUGCCAUAAUCUGACAAUACAUUUGGAGAUGUUGGCCAGCAUUUCAUAUGCACAGUUGGUAGGGUAAGCUAGUGUCUCUAUAUUUCUUGUUUUUAGAUGAAAUUUAUGUUAUUUUGGAGGGGUUAGUUUUGUUUUUUAUUUUCUUUAUUUUAUUUCUUAAAAAGUCGUCUUAGAUUAGCGGUAGAUUUUACAUACUUGUCUGAGAUGGCAUCUACUGUUAUUGUCAUGAUGGCCUUUCUAAUCUUAUACUGCAUUUGGGGGGAAGCGCUAACUGUUAUUCGAUGCCAUCAACCAAAAAUUUACCAACUUCGUGUAUUUAUAAUUUGUUAUUUAAUGCUUUUGACUUAA